GAUAGAAAAAAAUCCUCUCUUUCCUUAAUUUUUUUCUUUCUCUCUAACCGAUUCUCUCCUAUUGAAUCGCCGUAACUAGUGCAGCUUUUCUACUUGUGUCUUAAAGAAAACAAAAAACAAACAUUGGCUUCUCUCUUUUGAAUCUGACAAGUGACAACAGAGAGAUAACAAUGGAUGGAGGAGUUGAUCACCUCGCCGACGAGAGGAACAAAGCAGAGUUCCACGUCGACGAUAUGAAGCUCGUCUGGGCCGGUUCCCGCCACUCUUUCGAUGUUUCAAAUCGUGUUUCCCGCCUCGUCGCCGCUGAUCCGGUCUUUGAGAAAAGCAACAGAGCUGUAAUGAAUAGGAAAGAGUUGUUCAAGAACACGUUGAGAAAAAGCGUUCACGCUUGGAAGAUGAUCAACGAGCUUCGUCUUUCUGAUGAGGAAGCGAUCAAACUGAGGUCUUUCAUGGAUCAACCAGGCUUCAUGGAUCUCCAUUGGGGAAUGUUUGUGCCUGCUAUUAAAGGACAAGGCACAGAGGAACAACACAAAAAGUGGUUGUCUUUAGCUAAUAAGAUGCAUAUAAUUGGAUGUUAUGCUCAAACUGAGCUUGGUCAUGGCUCUAACGUUCAAGGCCUUGAGACAACCGUCACUUUUGAUCCAAAGACCGAUCAGUUUAUCAUUCACAGUCCAACUCAGACAUCAUCCAAAUGGUGGCUUGGUGGCUUAGGAAAAGUUUCUACUCAUGUUGUGGUUUAUGCUCGUCUCAUAACGAAUGGCAAAGACCAUGGUGUUCAUGGAUUCAUUGUGCAACUAAGAAGUUUGGAUGAUCAUACUCCUCUUCCGGGUAUAACCAUCGGUGAUAUUGGAAUGAAGUUUGGAAACGGGCAUAUAACUCAAUGGACAAUGGUUUUCUUAUGUUUGAUCAUUUUCGCAUUCCUAGAGAUCAAAUGUUCAUGAGACUGUCAAAAGUUACAAGAGAAGGAAAAUAUGUAGCAUCAGAUGUUCCAAGGCAAUUGGUGUAUGGUACUAUGGUGUAUGUAAGACAGUUUAUUGUGUC